AUGGCGGGUUUGCGCCGAGUGAGCAACGGGCGCCCACGACAGGUCUGCACCACCAGGAUCUCCCCCAAAGCUCGUCUCCACCUGAGGUUCCCCAUCACUAGUCCAAGAUUUUUUAUGUUUCAACCAAAGUACGAGAAGUAUCUUGGCUUGAUUGGAGAGUUGGCCAUGGACUUGACCUCAGUUGGAGAUGUCGUGCCUGAGAUCCUGGAAGCAAACAGUAGCUUGAAGAUGGAAUUGGAACUAGUGGAGAAGGAUUUGCUUGCCAUGAGGAACAUAGCAUAUCAUGUGAAAGGUGUUGAAGCCAGAACAGUCUUGUCUCAUGACAAAGCAAUACUAUGCUACGAGCAGCCUUGUGAUAGGGUAUGCUCUGUGCUCAAGUUUGCUCUCAAUCAUCAACAAAUAUACCGUGACAAAGUUCAGUUACCCUGGCCUCCUAACUGUUCUACAGUACUUGACAUCUGCUGCUCGUGUUUGGAUCCUAGGAAAGCUGACACAACUUUCCGGAAACAGCCAUGUCCUUUAAAGUUCACAUUCUUAUCCCUUGUGGUCAUCUUGGGAGGAGCAGUUGGCUAUGUGAUGACAGAUCCAGCAUUCAGCCUCACAGCGUGGGCGCUUGCCUAUCUGGUGAUCAUAACAACUGAGACGGUGUACAUCAAGCACAUUGUGACAAACUUGGGGCUAAACACUUGGGGUUUUGUGCUCUACAAUAACCUUCUUUCGUUGAUGCUGGCCCCGAUAUUCUGGUUUGUUAAAGGGGAGCACAAGUCCGUCCUUGCAGCGAUUGAGUCAAGGGGUGAAGGCUGGUUUCAUCUAGAUGCCUUAGUCACAGUGGCAUUGUCAUGUGUGUUUGGGUAUCUCAUUAGUUUCUUUGGUUUCGCAGCAAGGAAGGCAGUCUCGGCCACAGCAUUUACCGUGACCGGGGUUGUGAACAAGUUCCUCACUGUCCCUAUCAAUGUGCUGAUCUGGGAUAAGCACGCAACUGCAUUCGGUUUGGUAUGCUUGCUCUUCACUAUUGUCGGCGGAGCACUCUAUCAGCAAUCAGUUACAACAAAAGGAAACUCAGCAGCACAACAUGGUCCGGUGCCUGAGCAACCUAAGGAUGACAAUCAUAGCAAUGACUUUGAUGAGCAGAAACAAAGCUUAGUUUCGUCUGUGAAGCAAUCCAAUGCAUGAAUUACUUGCAUGCGUAGCCUUAGAUUUGCAGAUUUAUUCUUUAGUCUUGAAUAGGCUGUUUUGUGUGCCUGACCCUUGCAACAAAUGAAACAAUUGGGAAAACUAGUGCAAAUAGUAUUUCUGUGCAAGGAACUUUUGCUGUUGCUUAUUGAAUGGCUGAUGCAAAUUGUAAUCUUUUUUAAACUUGCAAUACACUACUGUUAUUGAGGUC